UCCAAAUCCAAGUAAAGCUAAAGUAUUACGCUUUCUUCUCCCCUACUUUUCCUUGCUUUGGUCAAGUUUAUAUACUUCAGGUGAUAGUAAUAGUAAUUGUAACAGUAAGAAUGUAUACCUUUUUCCUAUAUAAGUAGUAUUGACCAUUCCAUGUUUUCAUAUUAUUUGUCAACUUGAUUCCUGGAAAGUACAGAAAAACAAAAUAAGAAAAACGAAAGCUUGAUAUUUCAGCUUCUGCUGAGAAGAUCAAAUAGAUAUUGAAUCCUACAGCAACAAAUCCUCAAAAAUCCUCCGUUUUUUUAAUCCGGUAUGAGUGAAGGCUACAGAAAUGCAAGUGCAAGCUCCAGCUCAAGUUUGAAUAGCAGUUUCCAAGAUACAGAGGAUGAUCAAACCAUAGCAAGCAUCUUAGCCGAAGAGGAAAACUUGCACAAAGAUGGCAGGCUUGCAAAAAGACUCUCCCAUCUGGAUUCUAUUCCGCACACUCCUCGUGUCAAUGGGGAAAUACCUGAUGUGAAUGAUGCUACCUUAGAUCAUGAACGACUGUCUGAAAGGUUGGCCACUUAUGGUUUAGCUGAAUUGCAAAUUGAGGGUGAUGGAAAUUGCCAGUUUCGAGCAUUAGCAGAUCAGCUGUUCCGCAAUCCAGACUACCACAAACAUGUUAGGAGGCAGAUUGUCAAGCAGGUAAGGUUUAUGUUGCUCCACAAAUGCAAACAUUUCCUGUUACCUUAUUUUCAGAUAUAAUCCCAUUGGAUAAAA